UGCUAGGUGCUUUGUGUGGAUUUGUGUGUAUUACGUCGAAUUGAGAAACUAAAUUUAUUUUUACUUUUAUUUACCUUGAUUCAAAGAGUUUUAUUUUCCUACUCAAACAGAGUUACUGAUAACAACCUGCAAUUUGCGACGCCAGACAUUAGAAACAAUAUACAAACGCACAAAGAAAAAACAAGAACUUGGAUAAAAGAAACGAAGUUCAGGGGCACAGAAGCCUCUUCUGGAUACAUUGUCAGAGUACAAUUAGAAGUUUGUCAUUUUUGAGGAUCAGAAUAACUAGUGAUUAGUUUCUAAAUUUCUUUUGUGUUGUUACUUAGAGCAAAGUAAUAGAGCAUCACUAGUAUUUCAAUACUGAAACUUUAAACCCUUGCGGUCAUAAAAUGUUGGACUUAGAAAUUGUGCCUGAGUUAUCGCUGGGAUGUGAUACUUGGGAGUUCGUUUUGGGGAUGCACUUUUCGCAAGCAAUAGCAAUAAUACAAUCGCAAGUGGGAAUAAUUAAAGGUGUGCAAGUGCUUUACUCGGAUACAAACCCAUUGGGUGUGGAUAUUAUAAUAAACUUACCUCAAGAUGGUGUUCGUUUGAUUUUUGAUCCCAUAGUUCAACGUUUGAAAACCAUUGAAGUAUUCAAUAUGAAAUUGGUCAAGCUGAAGUAUGGUGGAGUACACUUCAAUUCCCCAGAAGUUCUGCCCUCCAUAGAACAAAUUGAACAUUCUUUUGGGGCUACCCAUCCUGGCGUAUACGACGCUGCAAAACAAUUGUUUGCUUUACACUUCCGUGGAUUGAGUUUCUUUUUCCCAGUGGAUAGUAAAUUGCAAGAGGGAUACGCACAUGGCUUGGGAUCAUUGAUUUUUUUAAGUGGCGCAUCGCCAGUUGUAUCAAAAAUGUCUCUCUACUCUGGUAGUAAUGUUUCGGAGACACGCGCUCCACCGCUUCCACUCUCUUGUUAUCAUCGACAGAUAUAUUUGGAUUCAGCUAAAGUGUUACGUUCUACAAACGGUUAUUCAAAAGGUCUCAAACUAAAAUUAUAUACCGAGGGAUCUAGUCGCGCAUUAGAACAUCGGCGCCAAUGUUUCACAAGGGAAGUUCUUUUCGGCGACAGCUGUCAGGAUGUAGCUAUGAAACUUGGUGCACCAAAUCGAAUAUUUUUUAAAAGUGAAGAUAAAAUGAAAAUACACUCUUCCAGUGUAAACCGCCAGGCGCAGAGUAAAAGGAGCGAUACUUUCUUUAAUUAUUUCACACUUGGCAUUGACGUGUUAUUUGAUGCGCGUACCCAAACUUGCAAGAAGUUUGUGUUACAUACAAAUUACCCAGGACAUUUCAACUUCAACAUGUACCAUCGCUGUGAAUUCAAAUUUAAUUUGAAAAGUGAAAAUGAUCAUGAUUGUAAUUAUGGUAAAAAGAGCUCCGAGGACAUUGAAGUUACUGCAUACGCCAAGUGGGACGAGAUUAGUGCGGUAGUGCCGUCAGCUCGUCCGGUGGUGCUUCAUCGCGCUAGCUCAACAAACACUGCCAAUCCCUUCGGUGCAACCUUUUGCUAUGGUUAUCAGGAUAUAAUAUUUGAGGUUAUGACAAACAAUCACAUUGCCUCCAUAACAUUAUACAGUACGAUUCCACCAUUAAAACAAACUGAGCAGUCUUACCAGGAGCACAAAUUGCAGGAUAUAAGUUUAUCAGUUGCGUGAAAAGACACAUUUACACAGGGUCCGCAAACUCUGACUUAUAAUGCAGUAAAAGUUCAACCGACUCGUGAAUAUUUUUAAUUAAAAUAUUUUUUAAUACUAAGAAUAAAAGAACUUGAAAGUAGAAGCUUAAGU